AUGACUAAGAAGAAACCUCGCGGUGACGACCUUCAACUGAUCACUGUCGUAGGAUCUGGGACGGCCGUUGGGAAUGUUGAGCCGCAGGAGGAUGAGCCUGGUACUAGGGCCUAUGACUUCGGUUACUCCUUUAAAGGUACAGGGAAACAUAUCAUGGAGGAGCAGAGAGCUUGUGCCGACUUCUUUUCUCUUGUCCAGCCGAACGACCGCUUUAAGCUCCCUGACAUAGAUCAUAUGCUGCAAGGCCAGAUUGAGUCGUUAAAGGGCUCGUUGGAUGAGCUAGCGGCUAAGGUGGAACAAGCCCGGCUGAGGAAUCGAGAAUUCGGAGAAGAGGUCGUCGCUGCUUAG